AUGGGAGAUAUGGCUAUUGAUAGUCUCCAUCACAUGAAUGGUGUCACAUCAACAGGAUUAUAUUCCAUUCUAACCGGAUUACAACGAGAUGAAAUGACAAUCAAAGACGUUCAGCCGAGUGAAUUGUUGCAGGAACUUAUAAAACAUAUAAAUGAAACGAUAUCUCACGAUAUAUUCCAAAGUAAUGAGGAGGAUGCAAAAGUAGUGAAAAGUUUAGAUAGAUGCGUACAGAAGUUAAAUGAGUUUGCUCGUGAUAAUACACUGCCGUUCACGAUAAUAAGAAUAUGUGAGUUGUGUUUUGACCCAUUGAAAUAUUUCAAAAUUAAUGAACUGCAUAAAUUUGCUAAUGCAUUAGAGAAAUGUUGUUUUGUUGAUUCCAGAUAUAAGAUACCUUCCAGUGUAAAUACUGAAAUGGAUGCGCAACAGGAAAAUGGCGAUAGUCAUAACGACGUUCCAUUAAAUGGUAUAUCUUGGUUAGAUAACAUUUCACCUGAAGAAAAAAAAGAUAUUGGCUCCUUCAUUAAAGAUAUUGAUAAUAUCAUGACGGUAAAUUUUGGAUUUGAAGACAUCGAAGAUAAUGAUGCAAUUGAAAUCGAUGAGGACGCUGAUGAAAAAGAUACCUUUGUCGAAGAUAAUGAAGACAGUUCUAAGAAACGUAAAGUUGUUAAAAAUAGUGCAGAUUUCAUCGUUGAAACGUACUACGAAGAUCCAAAUCAGCAUGUUGAAGCAUUGAAAGAUAUGGAUCAGGAUGAAGAUGAUGAUGAUGAUGAUGAUGAUGAUGAUGAUAAGGACUACAUAGAGGGAGGUGAUGAAGAAGAACAAGAUAAUGGAAAUGAUACCGAAACUUCGAGUAGUGAUAGUAAUUCUGAUCAUGACGAGGAUGAUUAG